AUGACGAGAAACUCCAGACCCAACAUCGUGCUGCUGAUGGCGGACGACCUUGGGGUGGGCGAUUUGUGCUGCUAUGGCAACAACACAGUGAGCACGCCAAAUAUCGACCGCCUGGCGAGUGAGGGCGUGAGGCUGUCCCAACACCUGGCCGCUGCUUCCAUGUGUACCCCAAGCCGGGCUGCCUUUCUGACCGGCCGGUAUCCCAUCAGAUUAGGAAUGGUGUCUCCCUACAACCUGAACCGUGCCUUCCCCUGGCUCGGCGGUUCGGGUGGUCUUCCUACCAACGAGACGACUUUCGCCAAACUCCUGCAGCACCGGGGCUACCGCACGGGACUCAUAGGAAAGUGGCAUCUGGGACUGAGUUGUGCCUCCCGGGAUGAUCACUGCUACCACCCGCUCAACCACGGGUUCGACUACUUCUACGGGAUGCCUCUUGGGCUGUUGAGCGACUGCCAGGCGUCCAAGACGCCGGAACUGCACCGCUGGCUACGGAUCAAACUGUGGAUUUCCACGGCGGUCAUCGCCUCAGUUCCUGUGCUGCUCCUCAUCCCCAAAUUCGCCCGCUGGUUCUCGGUCCCCUGGAAGGUCAUCGUCGUCUUGGCUGUCCUUGCCUUGCUGUUUUUCGUAUCCUGGUACUCGAGUUACGGGUUCACUCGGCGUUGGAAUUGCAUCCUCAUGAGAAACCACGACGUUAUCCAGCAGCCCAUGAACGAGGACAGGGUGGCCUCCCUCAUGCUGAAGGAAGCCCUCGCUUUCAUCGACAGGUAUAAACGGGAACCUUUUCUUCUCUUUUUUUCCUUCCUGCACGUCCACACUCCGCUCCUCACCAAAGAGAAGUUCGUCGGGCACAGUAAAUACGGACUGUACGGGGAUAAUGUAGAAGAAAUGGAUUGGAUGGUGGGUAAAAUUCUGCAGGCUCUGGACCGGGAGCGCUUGGCCAACCGCACCUUGGUGUACUUCACCUCGGACAACGGGGCCCGCCUGGAGUCCCAGGACGGAGCGGCCCAGCUGGGCGGCUGGAACGGGGUCUACAAAGGCGGCAAAGGAAUGGGAGGAUGGGACGGAGGCAUCCGGGUGCCCGGAAUACUCCGGUGGCCGACAGUGCUGGAGCCCGGGCUCGUGGUGGAUGAGCCCACCAGCCUCAUGGACAUCUACCCGACGCUGUCCUACAUCGGAGGAGGGAUCCUGCCCCAGGACAGGGUGAUUGACGGCCGGAACCUCAUGCCCCUGCUGGAAGGGAGGGCGUCCCACUCAGACCACGAGUUCCUCUUCCACUACUGUGGGGUCUACCUGCACACGGUUCGGUGGCACCAAAGGGACUGUGCCACCGUGUGGAAGGUUCAUUAUGUGACUCCCAAAUUCUACCCGGAGGGAAGCGGAGCCUGCUACAGAAGCGGGAUAUGUUCGUGUUCGGGUGAUGUCACCUACCACGACCCGCCUCUCCUCUUUGACAUCUCCAAGGACCCUUCCGAAGCCCGACCGCUGAACCCUGACAACGAAGCGUUAUUUGAUUCCGUGAUCAAGAAAAUCGAGGCAGCUAUAAAAGAACACCGGGGGACGCUGACACCUGUCCCACAGCAGUUCUCCGUGUUCAACACGAUUUGGAAACCGUGGCUGCAGCCGUGCUGUGGGACCUUCCCCUUCUGCGGGUGUGACAAGGAGCAUGACAUCCUACCCACUGCUCCCUGA